AUUUUUCCCGCUUGCAUCAUAAUUCGAAGUUUCUCUCGUCUUUUUAUCACCAAACUCAAAAGAUUUAGGUGGUGAAAGAGAUUGAAAAAUUUGGAGCAUGAAAAGACACCGCCCCCGCAUCUUUGUUAAUGGAAAUUAUUCGUUUCAUUCCCUCUCUCGAAUCUCAAUCACUCAAUUAUACAUUCACAAUAAUUCAAAUGGAAUCUCUCAACACAACCAGUGAUAUCAUGAUUCAGAUGAGGAUAUGCGCAACCUGUGCGCGAUGCAUCCAGAUUUUUGUAUGAGAUAGGCUUUGUUGUAUCUCGGUGAUUGGAUUCAACACAAUCAACUGCUAGCAUUGUAUCUCGUUCACUGACUUAGAAGAUUUUCGCUGAGUUGAGAAUAUAUGAAAUCAUCAAAUUCAUAAAUAAACUGAAAAUUCAGAUCAUGUAGAACAAAGAUGAAGUUGCAUUGAUAUCUAAGAUUCUGUAGGUGAAAUCAAGAGGGUCUAAGAGGUGGGUGUAGGGGUUAAUUGAAUUGCUGGCCUUAUCCUCAACUCAUGACAAGGAAAAGGUUGCAGCAGAAUCUUAAUGAGGGAGAAUCAAUGGAAAUGGUCUCUUGCUUUUAAUAUACCAGUGAGCAUCGUGCAUUUUAUCUUCAUAUUUUACUAGAAAUAAACAUCUUAAUGCCUCUAAAGUUAGUUUGAUGGAGAUAUGUAAGAAUCUGUUCGAGUUUCUUCAUUUCAGUUUUAUAUUUUUUCAUUUUCCUUUCCGUCCUGGAAGGGGUGGAGAUAGUUGAUGUCCUACUAAGGUGUUCUGAUCCACAUGUUUAUAGGACCAAUGAACACUGUGAUGGAUAUGAAGUAGCUAAACUCUUGUUAAUUUCCACAUCAGCUGCAGACGUAGAAUUUACUGUAUUGUUCAAGUUGCAGCCAUGCCUCAAUGUAAAUUAAUGCCACGUCAUCGUAGAUUUAUUCCUUUCCUAAAAAUUUCAAGUAUGAAUUGAAUUGGGGUUGACAUUGUUCUGAAAUUAAGAGACCAAAAUCUCACCCUUUUUUCCAAGUGUGAGACUUUCCAUCAAUGAUGAUUAUAUAAAAAAUUUAUUGAUUUUUUCACUUAGCUUAUAAUAAAUGGAAUUCUAUUUCCAUAACUUGUGCUCAAGAUUUCAUUACUGCUAGUUAUGAAAUUAUUGAUAUUCUUGAUGGCUGAUGGUAUCACCCAGUUGGCCAAAUAAAAGUGCUUUCUGGUUAUGUUUCUUGUGUGAUGUAUUUUAUUUAUUCCAACUAUAAUGUGGUUUUUCAUAGAUGGAAGGACACGUCUUUAGAUUAACCAUUACACAUUAAGUGAUGCCCUAUGCAACUUACUUUGUGAAAAAGUGGGUCACUAUCAAGCAAAUCAUCGAUAAGGGCCAUUUCCCUUAUCCAAACAACUAUCUGAAGGAACUUGCACUUUUCUAUCCAUUUAUUCAUGUCUUCCAAAUUAUUUAGAUUAAACAAUUCAAUCCACCACCCCUUCACUUGCCUUUAUAAAUACGUUCGUUUAUGCAAAGUCAUCAUGUCAAAGCCUAAGCAAACAUACGACCUUACUCCCAUUCUUUCAACUUCUUGUUCCUUGCUCCUCCACAAGCCUUUGUUUUUUUUCUUUUCCUCCAGCUUUUGUUAGUAUAAGUACAGCCAUUUCACGUAUCUUUGGAUAUUUGGUUAUAAAAAUCUUUUGGAAGGAAGUAGGAAGAUUGGAUUAUAAUGGAUAGAUUGAGAAAUUUGGCAUCUCAGAAAGCAGUAGUGAUUUUUUCCAAGAGCUCAUGCUAUAUAUGCCAUAGCAUCCAGACCCUCUUUUAUGAGCUUGGUGCAAGCCCUGCAGUUCACGAGCUUGACCAUGAUGCAAAUGGGCGAGAGAUUGAUUGGGCUCUUAGAGGUCUAGGGUGCAACCCAUCAGUUCCAGCUGUGUUCAUAGGAGGAAAGUUUAUAGGCUCAGCAAAAGAUGUUAUUUCUCUCCAUGUUAAUGGGGAUCUGAAACAAAUGCUGAUAGAUGCGAAGGCCAUCUGGUUGUAAUGCUACAAAAAGAAAAACUGCAUGGUUUUUUCUUUUUUCGUUUUGUCUUUUUUUUUUUUCAACCCACCUGCCUUUAUUAUGUCGAAAAGGCUCGUACAAAAUGUUGUAAGAAGGCUCCGAUAGUUCUCGAGUUUACAACUGAACUGUAUAAAAUGAAGCCAUACUUACCCUGAGAUAUCUAAAUGUUAGGAUAACUUUUCCUA